AUGCACCAGCGCCAACGGUCUCCUGCCAAAAUGGCUUCCGUCCGGUUCAUGGUGACCCCUACGAAAAUUGACGACAUCCCAGGCCUCUCUGACACCAGUCCGGACCUCAGCUCCCGCUCCAGCUCCCGGGUCCGCUUCAGCUCCCGGGAGAGUGUCCCUGAGACAAGCCGCAGUGAGGGCAUGAGUGAUUUCUCAGGGGCCACCACCUCUGGGGCCACUGUGGCGGGCGAACCGGCUAGCGACAGGACGUCCAACCCCCAUGACGUGGCAGAAGACGUGAGUCAAACCUCCAUCACAGGGGAACAGUGUCAGCUCUUAGACCCCGGGCGCAAGAAAGACAUCUAUCUCAACAACACCAGCUACGAGGAUGGGGAUGAGUACUUCGACAAGAACCUGGCGCUCUUCGAGGAGGAAAUGGAUACCCGGCCGAAGGUGUCCUCCCUGCUUAACCGCAUGGCAAACUACACCAACCUGACGCAGGGGGCACGGGAGCACGAGGAGGCUGAGAACAUUACAGAGGGCAAGAAGAAGCCCACGAAGACGCCCCAGAUGGGCACCUUCAUGGGUGUCUAUCUGCCCUGCCUGCAGAAUAUCUUCGGGGUCAUCCUCUUCCUGCGCCUCACUUGGGUGGUGGGCACGGCCGGUGUGCUGCAGGCCUUUGCCAUUGUCUUCAUCUGCUGCUGCUGCACGCUGCUAACUGCCAUCUCUAUGAGUGCCAUCGCCACCAAUGGAGUCGUGCCGGCUGGGGGCUCCUACUUCAUGAUCUCCCGGGCGCUGGGCCCUGAGUUCGGGGGUGCUGUGGGGCUCUGCUUCUAUCUGGGCACCACCUUUGCCGCCGCCAUGUACAUUCUGGGAGCCAUUGAGAUCUUCCUGAUGUACAUCGCCCCCGAGGCAGCCAUUUUCCGCAGUGCUGACGUGCUGAAGGAGUCGGCAGCCACGCUGAACAACAUGCGGGUCUACGGCUCGGCCUUCCUCGUCCUCAUGGUGCUAGUGGUCUUCGUCGGCGUGCGCUACGUUAACAAGUUUGCCUCGCUCUUCCUCGCCUGCGUCAUCGUCUCCAUCCUGGCCAUCUACGCCGGGGCCAUCAAAUCCUCCUUCGCCCCGCCACGCUUCCCGGUCUGUAUGCUGGGGAACCGCACCCUCUCUGGCCGGCACAUCAACAUCUGCGCUAAGACCCAGGAACUGGGCAACUUCACGGUGCCCACCCAGCUCUGGGGCCUCUUCUGCAACUCCAGCAAGCAGCUAAAUGCCACCUGCGAUGAAUACUUCACUCACAACAAUGUCACCUCCAUCCAGGGCAUCCCGGGCCUGGCCAGCGGCAUCAUCACCGAGAACCUGUGGAGCAGCUACCUGCAGAAGGGGGAGAUCAUCGAGAAGCCCUCGGCCCACUCCGUCGACGUGCUGGGGGCCAUGAGCCAGGAGUACGUGUUAGCCGACAUCGCCACCUCCUUUACCCUGCUCGUGGGCAUCUUCUUCCCCUCUGUCACCGGGAUCAUGGCUGGCUCGAACCGCUCUGGAGACCUGAAGGAUGCUCAGAAAUCCAUCCCCAUCGGCACCAUUCUGGCCAUCCUCACCACCUCCUUCGUCUAUCUCAGCAACGUGGUUCUGUUUGGGGCCUGCAUCGAAGGGGUGGUGCUGCGGGACAAGUUUGGCGACGCUGUGCACGGGAACCUGGUGGUUGGGACGCUCUCCUGGCCCUCACCCUGGGUCAUCGUCAUCGGCUCCUUCUUCUCCACGUGCGGGGCUGGGCUGCAGAGCCUGACUGGUGCCCCCCGGCUGCUGCAGGCCAUUGCCAAGGACAACAUCAUCCCCUUCCUGCGGGUUUUCGGCCAUAGCAAAGCCAACGGGGAGCCGACGUGGGCUCUGCUGCUGACAGCGGGUAUCGCCGAGCUGGGCAUCCUCAUUGCCUCGCUGGACCUGGUGGCCCCCAUCCUGUCUAUGUUCUUCUUGAUGUGUUACCUCUUUGUCAAUCUGGCCUGCGCCUUGCAGACCCUGCUGCGCACCCCCAACUGGAGACCCCGCUUUCGCUACUACCACUGGGCGCUCUCAUUUGUGGGCAUGAGCAUUUGCCUGGCGCUCAUGUUUGUGUCCUCCUGGUAUUAUGCUAUCGUCGCCAUGGUGAUCGCCGGCAUGAUCUACAAGUACAUCGAGUACCAGGGAGCCGAGAAGGAGUGGGGUGACGGCAUCCGGGGCCUGUCGCUGAGCGCUGCCCGCUUUGCCCUGCUGCGCCUGGAGGAGGGGCCCCCCCACACCAAGAACUGGAGGCCCCAGCUGCUGGUGCUGCUGAAGCUGGACGAGGACCUGCACGUGAAGCACCCACGCCUGCUGACCUUUGCCUCGCAGCUCAAGGCGGGCAAGGGCCUGACGAUCGUGGGCACCGUCAUGGUGGGCAACUUCCUGGAGAACUACGCCGAGGCGCUGGCGGCUGAGCAGACCAUCAAGCACCUGAUGGAGGCAGAGCGCGUGAAGGGCUUCUACCAGCUGGUGGUGGCAGCCAAGGUGCGGGAGGGCAUCUCCCACCUCAUCCAGUCCUGUGGCCUGGGCGGCAUGAAGCACAACACAGUGGUGAUGGGCUGGCCCAACGCCUGGCGCCAGAGCGAGGAUGCCCGCGCCUGGAAGACCUUCAUCAGCACUGUCCGAGUCACCACAGCCGCUCACCUGGCCCUGCUGGUGGCCAAGAAUGUGGCCUUCUACCCAGGCAACGCGGAGCCCUUCGCUGAGGGCAACAUCGACGUGUGGUGGAUCGUCCACGAUGGAGGCAUGCUCAUGCUGCUGCCCUUCCUGCUCAAGCAGCACAAGGUGUGGCGUAAAUGCAACAUCCGCAUCUUCACGGUGGCCCAGCUGGAGGACAACAGCAUCCAGAUGAAAAAGGACCUGGCCACCUUCCUGUACCACCUGCGCAUUGAGGCAGAGGUGGAGGUGGUGGAGAUGCAUGACAGCGACAUCUCGGCCUACACCUAUGAGCGGACCCUGAUGAUGGAGCAGCGCUCCCAGAUGCUGCGGCACAUGCGGCUCUCCAAGACGGAACGGGACCGGGAGGCCCAGCUGGUGAAGGACCGCAACUCCAUGCUGCGCCUGACCAGCAUCGGCUCUGAUGAGGACGAGGAAACGGAGACCUACCAAGAGAAGGUGCAGAUGACCUGGACUAAGGAUAAGUACAUGGCGGCCCGCGGGCAGAAGGCCCGGACUCUGGAGGGCAUGCAGGAUCUGCUCAACAUGAAGCCGGACCAGUCCAAUGUGCGGCGCAUGCACACGGCCGUCAAACUCAACGAGGUGAUCGUCAACAAGUCUCACGACGCAAAGCUGGUCCUGCUCAACAUGCCGGGGCCGCCCCGCAACCCUGCAGGCGAUGAGAACUACAUGGAGUUCUUGGAGGUGCUGACUGAGGGGCUGGAGCGGGUGCUGCUGGUGCGGGGGGGAGGCAGCGAGGUCAUCACUAUCUACUCCUAG